UAUCCGUUAUCCUUCAUAUUCACUUACACCCUCCACCGUUCAUGCACGUCAUUGAGACUGUGAAAGCGCUAACAUUCACCAGUCAAGCGAUUUGCAGCACGACACCUCAGCCUGCGGUACAUGACCAGCCUAGUUUCGUCCAAUCCAACCCCGACCCGGCGCCUCGAAGCGUAGCGACCCUCCAACUGUUUCACGCAAUGCUCUGGACAUAGAUCAACGAGGCUCUCAUAAUGUUUAUUUCUACAUCUAAUAAUUUUUACGCCUCUUUUUUUUUUUUUUUUUUUUACUCUCUACCGCUUAUUGUAGUGCUGUAUUUACAGGCGUUGCCCAGAGGCCGGAUCACAUACAUAAUCGUACUUGAACAGGCUCGUCUUAGGCGGCGCAGAUCCCUUGCCUUGAAUUUCAGAUAGCCGAGGGUGGACGUGGAAGGGGGCCCCCAUUGCACACAGGCAUCAGGAGGACGAAGCCGGCACAGCGAGAAGAACAUGAAGCCAUUAUGAUGGAUUGAUUACCUGGACGAACUGAUGGACGCCGGAGAGACACGCAAGAGGCUCUCGAGCUGUUAGAGCUACCUUGGCACCGCUGAUUGAUUUGCGCGCUUCCACCUCUCAGCUUAUUCGAAUGACACUGGAAGCCGGGGUUGCUACAUCAUAGAUACUCGUACUACCUACCACUUACCACACUUAUUCCUACGCGCACCGCACACACACAUACACACACACACACACACAUAAUGCCAUCGCCACCACUAGGCCCAUCCCAUGCGAGGAUUCGGCGUCACGAUCCUCGGACGAACCGAUUGAUUGACUUCUCCUCGAUUCAACACGAGCCCUGGGGCCGAUGACGGGACACCUCCAGAAACGCAACGCCUGUCAUGUCCUGCUUACAGUAAUGGAGUCCCAUCAACCCCCCGUGCUCGGCACAAUCACGACUUCUCCUUGCCAGUUCGAUAAGCGUCGUGCAAGCGAAGCGGCACAACUGAUACAGACAGGUAUUCCCCAGAAACAGCAAGCCCAAAAGACCGCGGAGAUUCACCAGGCGAGGCGAUAAUAACCACGGAGAACAAUACCCCAGCGCCUAUACUACUAGAACUAAGUACCUACCCAGUAGGGAUCGUAGGAAAGUCGAGCUGACCAGGGGGGGUGUCUCUUGGACUUUUUUUUUACAACAACAGUUAGCAUCAAGACGCUAGACAAGGGCCAGCGCGUAUCCACAAGAACACUCAGAUCGGCCGGUUCAAUCUAGUUCCGACCGCGGCUUUUUUUGACGCGCAGGGGGUGGUGGCCAAAAGGCAAAGCAGGCAGAAUCAGGAAAAAUCACAAGUAGACAGAACUGGUGAAGAAGAAGGGGUGGCUGGGUCUUUGGGGGUCCCCCCCCUGGCGUAUCCGGGGAGACAUGCGCGAAUUGAUGGAACUCGAGCCAACGAACGGGAACGGGACAGGCAUCUUUUUUUCUCGUUCAAGCCAUUGGACUGACUGACUAGUAUUACUCGUAAGUAUGGAGCUUGGGAUGGCGUGUGUUGUUCAGUGCGCUCUUCAAGAGUCCCUUACAUUGUAAUCAAAU